AUGCUGUCUCUUGUUCUCCUUGGAGGAAGUGCGGUGGGGAAGAGCUCGGUGGGGAACACAAUCUUAAGACGGAGAGUGUUUGCGUCUCGCCCGUCUCUGAGACCUGUGACGACCCGCAUCGAAGAGGGCACCGAGGAGGUGUGUGGACGACAGGUCUCUGUGGUGGACACGCCUGGGAUCCUGAACCCCGGGGCCCUAGAUCUGAUCCAGCCUCUGUGCGCCCAGUAUCUCCUCCAGCCAGACUCUGUGGUGUUCCUGGUGGUGCUGAAGGUGGACCGGAUGUCCUCUGAGCAGAGCCAGGCCCUGCAGAGGACCAUGGAGCUGUUGGGGAACGGGGCCAUGGAGCGCAGUCUGCUGCUCUUCACCUACGGAGCCUCCUUACAGGUGAAUCUCACUGAUGCCCAUCCCAGGGUCAGUCUGGAGAAGGUCUGA